AUGGCCUGGCUCCUUGCGAAGGCGGCGGACACGCUGAAGAAGGCCCAGGACCAGCUCCAGGACGCCGAGUUCAUUCAGAAACUGGGGGAGGUGGACAUCGUGCAGAAGGCCAAAGAUGCCGCCAAGGAGGUGGCCACCGCGGCCAACAAGGUCUCGGAGAGCGUGCAGGCUGAGUACAGGCGCACCUUCGAGGAACUGGACUGCCAAAUCUUCCAAGUGCGUCCGGAUCUGAUGAUCAUGGAGUACCCCUCACUGCAGACCAUCGAGCGAUUGGCGAAGCGACUGAAUGCAGCGCAUGCGCAGAAGAUGCUGAUCUUCAAUCUUUCGGAGGAGCCGUACGAGAGUGGCAAGUUCGAGGGCGAGGUCCUCGAUCUGCCGUUGAACGGCUUAGAGCUCCCGCCUUUGAAGGAUCUGCUGCAGCUCUGCCUUUCAGCGCAGCAGUGGCUGGCCACGGACCAGGAAAACGUGGUGGUGGUGCAUGGCCGCGAAGGCUUUGCGCGGGCCGCCGCCUUUGCCGGGUGCUUUCAAGCCUUCCGCGGCCAAGGCACUCCCAAGGACGGGCGCUGA